AUGGAGCAGCAACCUGAACUUAUAGAGUGGAGCCCCAGGCUCCUCCCAAGGACAGUCACGAGGAAUGCUGAUCAGAACCUUCCUAUUCAUACAAUCAGCGGAAGCGCCCGUGGCAUUCCAGCACCCUUGCCCAUCUCGAGUCCCUUGGUGAAGUUGCCGCAAACAUAUCCAGACCUACGGGAGCAUGGAAGCUGGGUAGGGACUCCACUGCCCAGUGCCCCCGACCAUACCAAUGAGGUCGAGGACCGGCGCCGAAAAUACCUCCAGCAAGGACAUGAGCUGCAGACCGAACGCGUGAAAGCAAAUCGCCUCGAGGCUGCUGAACGGAACUUCUCCUCCGAGGCAAUCGCCUGGAAAGCAAGAUGCUCAGAGUUCGAAGCGGGAUUGGCAAAAGAGAGAGAAGCGCAUGAUCGAACACAUCUCAGGCUACAGCAAAAACAGCAAGACGUUGAAAAGUUCAUUGCCUUAUUGAAUGAUGCCAAUGACAAACUGGGAAGCGCAAUAAACCCUAACCAGGUUCGCCAUCAGCUUGAAGAUGCAGCGAUUACUUCACGAGCCAAACUUCUACGGUCGAGCAUCCGCGGAUUUGCUGAAGAUUUUGGUGAGAUUGACGCAAGGGAUCAUCCCAAUCCGAAAUUUUCUUAUUCUUUGUUCAAAAAAUAUCUUUGUGUAUCCGAGGAUACCCUGGCCACCUACAUAGAAUCCCCUUCAGCUCGUCCUAAAAUUCUCCGUCCUCUGUUAUGGGCCUUUUUAUUUAAGGAGGUGUUUGAUCAAUUCUUCUGGGCGCCUCCCGAUAUAAGGAGUGCGCUGAGAACUCUCCGUGGUUUGAUAGAGCCGUCGCAGGAGGCUUUGUCGAGCGAAGAAACAGAAGUAGACCGAAGGCAAAUAACGUGGAGGGCUAAUACUACAAACAUGGUGCUAGAGAGAUUGAACGAGAGUACGUAUGAGACCCGUGACAGUCAGCAAGAUUUUGUUUCGGCGAAGGCACAGGAGCUUGCUGGAUUACUAGAACCCAUUAUCUGUCGUGAUAAGCGGACUCUCUAUGAUCCACUGGUGAAGCUUUUGAACGAAAGUUUGGAACUCGACCUAGUGUUGAGCCAGCAAGUGGCGAUCUGGAGUUGGAACUUCCCCAAGAGACUGCCCUGCCCGUUUGAUAAGAAGAUCCACACAUCAAUUCACAAAAGACAGCACGGGCAGAUAUAUGAGAUACAACUAGUCCUGGCUCCCGCCCUUAUGAAACGAGGCAAGUCUUCAGGAGAAGACUUCCUUGACCAACAUGUGCAAGUCAAGAUGGAUGUGGAAAUCGACACCCCUCGCCAGGAUAGUAGCGACUCUCGGUCCGUCGGGAGGAAAAUUGCCGACAAAUUUACGGCCAAAGUCCUAGGCGGCACCUGA